AUGCACUUAAAGCGACUUAAAAGAGAACUAUACAAUCCAUAUGUGAGCUUUACCUAUAAAAUUUAAUAUUUAUAGUUUUUUAAAGAGUUUUAAUAGCAGCCCUUAAGAUCUAUUCAUUGAUAUAUUUUUUAUAUCAGUUUAGAAUGUUGAGCCACAAAUUUUAUAAUGUAUGACAAGUUGAUGAAAAUGAUAUUGAAAAUUUAAUUGGAGCAAUUGCUGGGCCUACUGGAAGUCCAUAUGAAGGAGGAAUAUUUUUUGUCAAGAUAACAAUCCCAAAUAUUUUUCCACUGAAAAGUCCUAGCAUUACUUUUCUGACGAAAAUUUAUCAUAUCAACAUAUGCGAAUCUACAGGAGCUGUAUCCCCAGAUUGUGAUUUAUGAUUUCCAUUCGUGACUUUGACAGAAAUGAUGGAAAAUUUGUUGGCUUUGCUAAGAGAGCCUGAUCUUGACUGUAUUGCAAAUCAAAUUAGCUACGAUCGAUAUACAAGAAACAUAGAAAGAUACGAAGAAACAGCUAAAGAAUGGACACAGCUAUAUGCGAUUUAA